CACUGUUCAUGAUUCUGAGUUUAUCGCUAUAGUCCCAUGGUUAGAGUGACCAAGUUGUGAUUUUCAGAAUGUGGAAAUAAAUGCUGAAAAGAUGACAGCGGCUUGACGUAGAAUUUCGAAAGUGUUCGGACUAGUUAAUCUCGGGCAAGAUUUGAUGAAUUAAAUCUAAGACGACAUGUGCAGGGACUAGUCAUUGAGUGAGAUUCGGAUCUUCGCUCCUGUUUUUCUAUUCUAGUCAUAUUUUCUUGGUGUGUCUCUGGUCAGCAGCGCAUAUGGUGGACGACUGGGUGAUAAAGACUAUGUAUGCCACGAAACGCCGGCGGCGCACAGUCAAGAGUGUGAAAGCACCGAUGAAAGACCCGCCCAAGAGCAAUCCAAGCAAGCGCCACCGGGAACGUUUGAACGGAGAGCUCGACCACUUGGCCAGCCUACUACCAUUUGAACAGAGCAUCAUUUCAAAAUUAGACAAGCUUUCCAUACUCCGGCUAAGUGUCAGCUACCUCCGAACGAAAAGUUAUUGCCAAGCGGUGCUACAUGAUCGGUACAGCAUCGACCAUGGACACUUAUCUAGGAGUCAUUUGUACCAAGAUCCUGGCUUUUCAGAAGGAGACAGUUUACUUCAGGCUUUGAAUGGUUUUGUGUUCAUGGUGACCUGUGAUGGUGAGGUGUUCUUUGCCUCUCGGACGGUGGAACAAUACCUUGGCUUCCAUCAGUCUGACAUUAUCCACCAAAGUGUGAUGGAGCUGAUCCACUCUGAGGACCGGGAGGAAUUUAAAACACAACUCCAAUGGAACUCACAGCUUCCUCAUGAAAAACGGGACAUGCCUCUGACAGAAAUUUUAUUACCAGAAAACAGCCAUUAUCUCCAUCGGUCGUUUACAGUCAGAUUCAGGUGCUUGCUGGACAACACUUCAGGUUUUAUCACGUUAGAAAUUAGUGGCCGGAUACGGAUGUUGCAUGGCCAGAUGCUGAAGGGGGAGGAGCCACCAUUGGCCCUGUUUGGUAUCUGUUGUCCGUUUGGUCCAUUACCAUCUCUGGACUCACCAAUGAGGGAGUUCACGUUCAAGACCAAACACAAGAUGGAUCUGUCUCCACUUUCAAUGGACCAAAGGGGCAAGUUGUUAUUUGGCUUCUCAGACAAGGAACUUACAACCAAGGCUGGCUAUGAUCUCCUUCAUUAUGAUGACCUCAGUUACUAUGCCGCAGCACACCAGGAACUGAUAAAAACGGGUAGCUCAGGGUUGAUAGCGUACCGCCUCCAAGCCAAGGAUGGAUCAUGGAUCUGGUUGCAGACAAGUUCCAAGGUGAUCUAUAAGAACAGCAAACCGGACUUUGUCAUCUGUACUCACAGACAUCUCACUGAAGAUGAGGGAAGGGAUUUGCUGGGAAAGCGAGGCACAGAAUUCAAGCUUCCCUACCCCCUCCUCGACAGUGACACGAGCUCAAACUUUGGCCAAUUGAGUGAGGACGACUCCUUAAUCAAGAUGAAAACUCGCAGCAAAAAAUCAAAAUCACAAUUUCGGGAUUACCUCCAUACCGGACGAAAGAGGAAGCAUCCGUAUCGGGAUGUCUUCAAUGGGAUAAAUGGUUAUCCAGGGUUCUCAUCUUUAAAUGGGUACAGCCAGGCGUGUCAGAAUGGAGACAUCAAAACAGAUCUUAUGUACCCGUACACUAACACAAACUUUGCACUAGAGACAGAUCUGUAUCAUAGUUAUCACCCGUACACGACGGCAGCUAUGUUUCCUGCUGCCUCGGAUACAUUCAGGUUAGAAACUGAUAAACAUUCCUAUCCAAAUGGUUACAGCGGUUACUACUUAGACUCGAGACAAUACCAGGCACCGCUGCAGUAUGGCAAUGGCUACUCCGACUUAGUUGGUGCUGCUACAAAAUACAGCUACGAUCUUGCCAAGUAUAACUACGACACAGUCAGCAAUUACGGGCUUGACAUCACCAAACGGACCCCGUUGGACAAUGAGUAUAACAAAUACGAUUCCGACUUUAAAAAAUACACGGACUUUUCGUCAGAUCGACUAUCACACAAGGGUCUCACAUCUGCGUCUAAUCCUUUGGAUUACAAAUCGACUAGCGUUAUUAACACUAAUUCUUCUCUACUUGGCCAUAAUGGAUUUCUGAACUGUUCUUCUCAGGUGCCAUAUGGUACGAAUACCUCAUCUUCGCCUUGUUCACUUUUCCAUCCAACAACGACAUCAUCAGACCGGUACAGUCAGAGCUCGCACCGGUCAAUCAUAGACACAAAAUCUGACCCAAAACAUGCCGUGUCUGUGAUACAGAGCCCAAUUUCCAGAAUCUCUAGUCCACAUACAAAGCAUUCGCACCAUCAAAAUGGCAUCUCUAGUCCCUACAGUGAUCAAAUAUCUCAUGGUUCUACGUGGCCGUCCUGCAGUAAAACUAUCAGCCAGAAGACCAGCCCAAAGCCGGGGUCAUCUCUUGACAACGUGCCAACAGCAGACAAUGGUUUGUGUGCCUAUGAGCCGACAUCAUCAAAACUCAUCUGCCCACCUGGUAAAGAUCCUGCAGUUGCCCUCAGCUCGAUGGUGGCACUUAACAACAGCUCAAGUCCAGCAUCUGCCACGACAGCCAUGUCGGUCAUACAGCAUGGAAGGUCUUGUGACAAGCAGUCCCUAAGCAGUGGAAUUGCAGUUCCUGUUGUGAAGUCAUCAUCAUGGAUGCAUCACCUCCCCUCGUCCCACCCUGCCUAUGACUGGACGCCUGAUUCCCUGUCGUGUCACCAGCGGGGGUUGAACAAUACGCCCCACUCCAGACUUCUAAAGCCUGGUGAAGCUCGAGAUGACAAUGCCAACCCACUUCUCUCUUUCUCAGAGGUCACACACACAUUAAUGAAUGGAGACUGAGGACAGAAACGGCACAAUCAUGCAGUCAGAUCAUUUGUCUACAAAGUUCUGUCUUUGACCUAUUUUUUGUCACUAAAGAUCAUUUAAUCGGAUUAAGCUCAUUAUGAUGAGAUAGGAAGACACAUAUUGGUUACUUGGUGAAAUCUGGCCUACCAGGCUGCUGUCUAUGGUCUCCCUUUAAACAAUGGAGACGCAAUAUUUGAAUGCCGUUUUUCCAAGAACCAACAGGAUAGACUUUUCUAUUGAUACGGAGCCUUCUUUUACAUCAAACAACGAUAUUAUUGCUGUAUAUAUUGGUCACAUAUCACAAGUUUACUCUGAGAUUUAUAUCAAGUGUCUUGUAUAUUAUAUUUUGUCACAAUCAUGUAUUUAAUGUGCUCACCAUGGCUCAAUACAAAGUGAUCUUGCUAGCACAAGGGUCAAAAGCUGAUUUCUUAAGAGUUUACUGAACACAGAUAUGGAUUUCAGUUUUGGUUGACCUUUCUAUUGAGCUUUGGUGUGCCAGCAGUGCCAUGACGUCUUGCCACAUUUAGGAGCAGAAUAGAAACAGAAUUUGUAUUUAUUUUUCAUCUAAGUAUUUAUUAAUUGUUCUAUAAUCAUGUCCACUAUGUACAUUUAAAAGGGCAGUCAGUUCAUCAACCCUGGCUGACGAGUUACAAAAUCAUGUAAGUGACAAGUGUACUAGGUUAUAGCGCCGGAACAAAACCAUUCCAGUCAGGAUUGUUUUCCAGUGGGGGGAAGAGAGAUCCCAUGAUGUUUUAAUCAAAUUUUCAACAUGCCCUAAACUCUUUUGAGGACCAAGGCACAACCAGAAUGCAGCGAUAAGUUAGCUUUUAACUCGAUGAUUUCUGGAAGCACUUGGAUAACCUUCAUACAUGCAAGGUGGAGGAGCAUGCAGGUUGGCCUUUUGUCAGUUGGUUUUACAGGAUUUGCCUAUCAUUUGAGUGGAAAUAUGCUUGAAAGUGGGCUGGACAACUCGCCUGCCAGUACUCCGCGAAUACACCCUAGAGAAUGAGUUCCCCGAUGGACCAAGAAUUGAUUCUCCAUGCAGGGUGAAAGAUUGAUCUCAGUAUUUGUAUUUUUAGGUGAUGAAAAUACGACAACAUCUCAGUCACAGUUUUCCCUUUCAUGUUAAGGUGUAUUUUGUUUUGUAAAAUGAUAUCAAACAUUGUCAAAAGACUGUGUAAAUUCAAAUGAUAUUGGUACAUACAUGUUUGUCAUGUAUUAGGUAUUGUUUUGUGCACAUAAUGUUUAGAUUGUCAAGUAAACGAAUGUCGUAGGCCUUUAAAGGGUUAAACCAUUCGUAGUAAAUGACUCUGUCUCCGUGUUGAUAUUGUGUAAAAUGGGAUGAGGAGUCAGAUUUGAUUGGUCGUCUGUAUAUGGUUCGUUUAUCUUGAUGAUUUGAUUCUAAAUAUUUAAAUAUACAAGUGAUUAUUUGAAUAAAAGUAAAUAAGUCAAUGAGC